AUGAUACGCCGUCAUCAUCCGCGGGCGAAGUGGUCGCGUGGGAAGCGGUGGGCGAUGGGGGCGCUGCUGGCGUGGUUGCUGCUGCUGCUGUGCGGCGAGUACAGCCUCCUCCACGCGCCUGCGCCGCGGCCGCCGGUCGGGGUGCCGGCGGGCGCGUUUCCCCCCCAAACGUCGCCGGCGACGCCUCCGCCCGCCGUCCGCCUCCCGCGGGAGUUUGAGGAGGCCGUGCGGACUUUCGAGACGAAUUUGGGCGUCGUGCAGGGGCUGGCGGGGAAUCCAGACCAGCCGACCGCCGACUUCACGGACAUUGUUGAGUCGACGGGCCCCGGCGUGCCGCUGCCGUACGACGCCACUCACGCCGCAGCCUCGGAAGCGUGGGAGGCGUGCGACCAGCGGAACGCCGACUUUACACCGCAGCGCGACGCGUUGUGCCAGUCGUACCUUUCCAACCUGAGCAACAUGCGCUACAUCAAAGCCAUGUCCUCGCGCCUCCUCGAGGGGCGGACGAUCAAGUUUCGUGUUCGCUACGCCCACAACGAGAUUGAGGCGAUUGUGAAGGUGUCUCAGCGGAAGUUUUACUUUGAGGCGACGAGCGAGUUUCUGGCCUUCUCCGUCGACCGCGCCCUCAACUUCUCGCGGAUCCCCACCUCCGUCUUUCUGCCACUCCCGCUCAGCUACAUGAAGGCCGCCACCGCCUACUCCCCGCUUUUUUCGCAGUGGAUUGAGCGGUUUGUUUUUCAGUACAACUACACCACCCGCAACUUUGCUCCAUGCGCCUCUCCCGGCGUGUCGCUCGCCGAGGGUUCUCUCUGCGCCUACGUGACCAUACAACUGUGGAUGCACGACGUGCAUUCAGCCCUCUCCACGUUUUUGGCGCUCCCGUACGAGUACGACCUCGCGUUUGCGGCAAAGUACUACACGAUUGGCCAUCCACUGUGGCCUCCAAAGAGUUCCCGCCUUCGCGCCAUCGGCGACGUCCUGGAUCGCUUCGUCUUUGACUUUUUGAUCGGUAACACCGAUCGCGGCAUGAACGACCACAACAACUUUGUCUACGGCGGCUGCAGCUUGAAGACCACCUGCCAACCUCCCCCAGCGGAGAGGCGCACUUUGGGUUUGGCCAAGUACGCCUUUCUCGACCACGGCAGCAGUUUCUACUCGCACCGGGAGCCAAAAGGGAACGCCUUCUUUGGGGACAUGGACCGCAUUCCCAUUUGCCGCUUCCGCCAGUCCACAUACGAGUCUCUGCGCAGCUUCAGGGAGCCAGCGCCGUCACAGCCACGGCUCCCACUUGUGAUGCACCUUCGUCGAGGACUUUCCUCGCAAAUAUUCCGUGUGACGCACCUCUCCGUUUUUGAGAGACUGCAGGUGCGGUUGGAGAAAGUCUUGAAAAUUGUGGAGCGCUGCUUAGAGCAAUACACGCCGUCUGAGGUGUUUAGCCUCCCCGCGUACUGGGAGGUGCACAUUCCAGAGGAAGGCGAUGGCAAUGAAACGCCGGGUGUGGUGGGUGACGAUUAA